GUCACAGUUCUUGAAUCCUCUUCAGCAUCUUUUCCCCCUUCUUCUUCCACUGCUUCUCCCACCUCACCUGCUCACUCCUCACGCAAUAACAAACAUACACAAGAACAGACCAAACCCUAUCAUUUUCAAAUCUCUUUGCUCGACAGAGUCUUUUGUUUCUAUCCUACACUUCUACUUCAUAUAUUACAUCUUCUUACCUUCAAGAUGGUUCGUACCUUGUACAUGAGCCACCGCCACCCCUUGACCGUGGAGAUGUUCGAAACGAACGACUAUCUUCGUUUUGAUCUCGAACAUCCCCAACAGGCUGUGAUUGUACCGACAAAAUACAACAGCCGUAUUCGUAUGGAGAGAGAUGUCGAGGAAAUUGUUGCUAAAAUGAAAGAAAGCCGCGAGCGUUUCGGGGUCAUGGGGAGAGACAGGAUUCUUAACCACGGACAAGUCAGAUCCACCAUUGCUACCGCCACCUACAUCGUUGAGUCCAUGAACGUCAUCGUCAAACGGUAUUAUUUUGACAGAGAGGAGGGUCUUCGUGUGAAGAAGCAGCGUGAGUACGCUGCGAUACAGGAUGCUGGCAUAUCCAAGCCUUUCAAGCAUGCCGCAAUCGCCCUCCGGUACAAUAUGGACCUCCGAGAGAAGUGGUUCGCAUUCAAGGUGGCCCAACGUGGCCGCCAGAUGGAGGAUGGUCUCGAGAAACUCAAGCGCUACAGCGCCGAGGCCCUAUUCGUUUCUAAUGGAAACGAACCCCAUUGGGGACCAACCCUUGCCUAA